CUCUCUCCUUCCUGCUUGCUGCUUGCUGAGGUGGCUGGGAUGCUUCCAUGGUUUAUCUGAGUCUAGACUGGGCUAUUCUCUGUGCUAAACCAAUCAAUUACGGGCCUUCUCUUAACAGUGUGAAGUGAGGGGACCUACUCCCUCCUUUCUACUCCCUCUGUGGUCCACCUUACUUUUUAUCCUGCCCUGCGGCGGCUCCUCCCCUUACCUUCAUGGACGACUCAGAGGUGGAGUCGACCGCCAGCAUCUUGGCCUCUGUGAAAGAACAAGAGGCCCAGUUUGAGAAGCUGACCCGGGCGCUGGAAGAGGAGCGGCGCCAUGUCUCGGCGCAACUGGAACGCGUCCGGGUCUCACCACAAGAUGCCAACUCACUCAUGGCCAAUGGCACCCUCACCCGUCGGCAUCAGAACGGCCGGUUUGUGGGCGAUGCUGACCUUGAGAGACAGAAAUUUUCAGAUUUGAAACUCAACGGACCCCAGGAUCACAACCACCUUCUGUAUAGCACUAUCCCCAGGAUGCAGGAGCCAGGACAAAUUGUGGAAACCUACACCGAGGAGGACCCUGAAGGAGCCAUGUCUGUUGUUUCUGUGGAGACCACAGAUGAUGGGACCACCAGACGCACGGAGACCACAGUCAAAAAAGUUGUGAAGACAAUGACAACUCGGACAGUACAGCCUGUCCCCAUGGGGCCAGACGGGCUGCCUGUGGAUGCCUCAGCAGUCUCCAAUAACUAUAUCCAGACCUUGGGCCGUGAUUUCCGCAAGAAUGGCAAUGGGGGCCCUGGUCCCUAUGUGGGGCAAGCAGGCACUGCCACUCUUCCUAGGAACUUCCACUAUCCUCCAGAUGGGUAUGGCCGACACUAUGAAGAUGGUUAUCCAGGUGGCAGUGACAACUACGGCAGUCUGUCUCGGGUGACCCGAAUUGAGGAGCGGUAUAGGCCCAGCAUGGAAGGCUACCGGGCACCCAGUAGACAAGAUGUCUAUGGGCCCCAGCCCCAGGUUCGAGUAGGUGGGAGCAGUGUGGACCUGCAUCGUUUUCAUCCUGAGCCUUAUGGGCUAGAGGAUGACCAGCGCAGCAUGGGCUAUGAUGACCUCGAUUACGGCAUGAUGUCUGAUUAUGGUACUGCCCGUCGGACAGGAACACCCUCUGACCCUCGACGACGCCUCAGGAGCUAUGAAGACAUGAUUGGUGAAGAGGUGCCGCCUGAUCAGUACUAUUGGGCUCCUUUAGCUCAGCAUGAGCGGGGAAGUUUAGCAAGCUUGGAUAGUUUGCGCAAGGGAAUGCCCCCACCUUCAAACUGGAGACAACCUGAGCUGCCAGAGGUGAUUGCCAUGUUAGGCUUCCGCUUGGAUGCUGUUAAGUCCAAUGCAGCUGCAUACCUGCAGCACUUAUGCUACCGCAAUGACAAGGUGAAGACUGACGUGCGGAAGCUCAAGGGUAUCCCGAUAUUGGUAGGAUUGUUAGACCAUCCCAAAAAGGAAGUGCACCUCGGGGCCUGUGGAGCUCUCAAGAAUAUCUCUUUUGGACGUGACCAAGAUAACAAGAUUGCCAUAAAAAACUGUGAUGGUGUUCCUGCUCUGGUCCGAUUGCUCCGGAAGGCUCGUGAUAUGGACCUGACUGAAGUGAUUACUGGAACCCUGUGGAAUCUCUCAUCCCAUGAUUCAAUCAAAAUGGAGAUUGUGGACCAUGCGCUACAUGCCUUGACAGAUGAAGUUAUCAUUCCACAUUCUGGUUGGGAGAGAGAACCUAAUGAAGACUGUAAGCCACGGCAUAUUGAAUGGGAGUCAGUGCUUACCAACACUGCUGGCUGCCUUCGGUAUUAUGUCCCUAAGCUUGUGGAGAAUUGUGUUUGCCUCCUCCGGAACUUAUCAUACCAAGUUCAUCGUGAAAUCCCACAGGCAGAGCGUUACCAGGAGGCCCUUCCUACUGUGGCUAAUAGUACUGGGCCACAUGCUGCCAGUUGCUUUGGGGCCAAGAAGGGCAAAGAUGAGUGGUUCUCCCGAGGGAAAAAGCCUACAGAGGAUCCAGCAAAUGAUACAGUGGAUUUCCCUAAAAGAACUAGUCCUGCUCGAGGCUAUGAACUCUUAUUUCAGCCAGAAGUGGUGCGAAUAUACAUUUCACUCCUUAAGGAGAGCAAGACACCUGCCAUCUUAGAAGCCUCGGCUGGAGCUAUCCAGAACUUGUGUGCUGGGCGUUGGACAUAUGGCAGAUACAUCCGCUCUGCUCUUCGUCAGGAGAAGGCUCUCUCUGCCAUAGCUGAUCUCCUUACUAGUGAACAUGAGCGAGUAGUGAAAGCUGCUUCUGGGGCACUGAGAAAUCUGGCUGUGGAUGCUCGGAACAAAGAGUUAAUUGGCAAACAUGCUAUUCCUAACUUGGUAAAGAAUCUGCCAGGAGGUCAACAGAACUCCUCCUGGAAUUUCUCUGAAGAUACUGUGGUCUCUAUAUUGAACACCAUCAAUGAAGUUAUCGCUGAGAACUUAGAAGCUGCCAAAAAGCUUCGAGAGACCCAGGGUAUUGAGAAGCUGGUGUUGAUCAACAAAUCAGGGAAUCGUUCAGAAAAAGAAGUCCGGGCGGCAGCUCUUGUCUUGCAGACAAUCUGGGGCUAUAAGGAGCUUCGGAAGCCACUGGAAAAAGAAGGGUGGAAGAAAUCAGACUUCCAGGUGAAUCUAAACAAUGCAUCUAGAAGCCAGAGCAGCCAUUCAUAUGAUGAUAGCACUCUCCCCCUCAUUGACCGGAAUCAAAAAUCAGAUAAGAAACCUGACCGGGAAGAAAUUCCAAUGAGCAAUAUGGGGUCAAACACAAAAUCAUUAGAUAACAACUAUUCCACACUGAAUGAGAGAGGAGACCACAACAGAACACUGGACCGAUCUGGGGAUCUGGGUGAUAUGGAACCAUUGAAGGGAGCACCCUUGAUGCAGGACGAGGGGCAGGAAUCUUUGGAGGAAGAGUUGGAUGUGUUGGUUUUGGAUGAUGAGGGGAACCAAGUGUCUUACUCCCCCAUGCAGAAGAUUUAGCACCACUCUACCUGCUCCAUAUGGGCUUAUAAUAUAUUACUUUUAUUUUUUGGUGGUGAAAUGGACUGAUGAUUUUUUUCCUUUCUUCGCUGGACUAUUGUGCCAACUGCCAGGCUGACUCCUACCCUUGUAGCCCAAAUUGGCUGCCGACAUCCGUGAAUUACCUACAUCUUCCACUGAAGUUUAAUUGUCCUAUCCUCCCAGACCCUACUUCCAGUUUUCCCCCAAGAAACCUGACUCAGUUAUUUGCAUAUCUUGAGAAACUGCUGCAGAUUAGCUCUUUUUGCCAGCCUUCCCUGGAACUCUCGGCCUUGCAUAGAGGGAGGGAGAGUGGAACUCUCUACUGGAAGCAAUGGGAAGAACUGAAAAUUACACGCUGUCUGUUCAGCAUUCUGACAAACUGAUGACUUUUAAUCAAGACUAUUUUUUCUGGUGUGGGGGGAACUUUUUAUUUUGUUUUGGAUGGGGAAGUGUGAGUUCUUCCCUUAUCCAGUGGCGAUUUUUGAAGCCAAGAAGGCUGGAAACAUUGGCACAUUCCACCUGGCAAGGGCCCUCAAGUAAGUGAAGUACUCCCCAACCUCAGAGUGAGAACUCUUGUUCCACUUGUUCGAGGCAGGGACCACAAAGGACCUACAGACUCCAUCUCUCUGUUAGCUUCAGGACAACCUUGGGGUGCUGUCCUGACCAAGGCUGUCCUUAACCCUCCUCUCCUACCCUGUGAUAAACCUGCUAACUUGACCUGGCCGUUUUGCAAGAUGCUUUGUAAAAAGGAGAAUGCCAUGGAACCCCUUGGUUGAGAAGAAA